GGCAGCUGAAAUAUGAUAAUACUUUAGCCUGUUUAAGUAGGAAUCAGUUUUCCUCGUUAUAGUUUUGCCAUUCAAACCUUGGUAACUUAUAGAAGAAUCCUAGUUUGGUCGAAAAUUGCGCACAGUAGCCUAACGAUAGGGAUCGUGACAGUCACUCCUACCAAGAUGACAGAGUUAGCCGGGUACUUAGACUGACAGAUAUAAUUUAAUGUCGAUUUGAAAUUCUGCUAUUUUAAAUGUUUUAUAAACAGACGUGACGUAGCAUAACUACAAUGAAGUUAAGUUUUGUGUUUGCCGUGGCAUUUGUAUUUUCUUGGGUUAAUUGCGCGAUAAACCCAUCAUCGGUUGAACAAGAGCUGAGGAAACAGGAAGAGAACGAAUUCGAUAACCUCAGCUCUUUGCUGUCAGACUAUGAGGUGCUGUCCAUGUCUGAGCUUCAUCGUCAUUCGGUCAGAAAGAGGGAUUUGGGAUCCCAGUCAUAUGUAGAGCGAAUGGUUUCUUUCACUGCACUCAGAAGGCAUUUUAAGCUGUACUUGACCACCAACACUGGACUUUUUGCGGAGGACUUCAAGACUGUGUUUGUGAACGAACAAGGAAAGGAGGAGAAAUAUGAAGUUCAGCUGCAGAACUACUUCAAAGGGCACGUCGUAGGAGAGGAGAACUCCCGUGUGCAGGCACACAUGGAUGGAGAUGAGUUCUCUGCCCACAUAAUCACAGAUGAAGCUGAGUACAACGUUGAGCCCUUGUGGCGAUACACAGACGCUCCCCCCGAUGGACGGAUGUUGGUGUAUCGCUCGGAGGACAUUAAAAACAUCAGCCGCAUCGCCUCGCCCAAAGUGUGUGGUUAUGUCAAUGCUGAGGCAGAGGAGCUACUGCCUGAGGAGGUGAAGGAGGCUGUGAAGAGAGAGCAUGAGGAAGAGCAUCAUCGCAGAGAAAAACGAAACGUCCACGAUCACAAGAAAAACACGUGCCCUUUGCUGCUGGUGGCAGACUAUCGCUUUUUCAAACACAUGGGACGUGGAGAGGAGAGCACAACCCUCAACUACCUUAUUGAAUUGAUCGAUCGAGUGGACGAUAUAUAUCGGAACACUUCGUGGGAUGAUGAAUAUAAAGACUACGGGGUGCAGAUUCAACAGAUCAUCAUCAACAAGGAACCCACAAAAGUUAGCGGCAGAGAAGUCCAUUACAAUAUGAAAGGCAGCCCACGGGAAAACAGUGAUGUGUGGGACGUGAAGAAGCUUCUGGAGCAAUUCAGUUUAGACAUUGCAGACAAUGCCUCCACUGUAUGUUUAGCUCACCUCUUCACCUAUCAGGACUUUGAUGAGGGAACACUGGGCCUUGCCUACGUGGCUCCCUCUAAAGCCCUGGCUCUGGGAGGACUGUGCUCAAAAGCAUACUAUCCAUCACACUCUGCAAAGAAACCCAGUUAUCUAAACACUGGUCUAACCAGUACUAAGAAUUAUGGGAAAACAAUUCUCACCAAGGAGGCAGAUCUGGUGACCACACAUGAGCUCGGCCACAACUUUGGUGCAGAGCAUGACCCAGACAACAUCAACUACUGUGCCCCCAGUGACGACCAGGGUGGCAAAUUUGUCAUGUACCCCAUUGCUGUGAGUGGGGACCAUGUUAACAACAAGCGCUUUUCCAACUGCAGUAAAAUCUCUGUUAGUAAAACUCUACGUUUCAAGGCUCCUAACUGCUUUAAGGAGAGGAGCAGUAAAUUGUGUGGAAACUCCCGUGUCGAGGAGGGGGAGGAGUGUGACCCAGGACUCCUUCAUCAAAACGAUGACCCCUGCUGCACUUCCACUUGUAAAUUCAAAGCUGAUUCCCAAUGCAGUGACAGGAACAGUCCCUGUUGUAAACAUUGCAAGUUUGAGGUAGCAGGCAAGACAUGUCAAGAAAACAUCACUGCUACAUGUAAGGGCACCUCUGAUUGCACAGGCUUCAGUAGUGAAUGCCCAGCCCCUGGUAACCUCCCUGACGGUACAGAGUGUGUGGACAAGGGCCAGUGCCGUGAUGGAGAGUGUGUUCCUUUCUGUGAAGCUGUGCACAACCUGCAGUCCUGUGCCUGUAAUGAGACGGAUGACUCGUGUAAAGUGUGCUGUAAAGAUGAGAAUGGGCUGUGCAGUCCCUUUAAAGAAAAGGGACAGUUUCUCUUCCUGCGUAAAGGAAAACCCUGCACCGUGGGCUUCUGUGACGGGGGGGGUAAAUGCAUGAAGCAGGUGCAGGAUGUCAUUGAGAGGUUGUGGGACUUCAUUGACAAGUUGGACAUAAACACAUUUGGCAAGUUUUUGGCAGAUAACAUCGUUGGUUCGGUGGUGGUCUUCUCACUAAUGUUCUGGAUUCCUUUAAGCAUUUUGGUGCAUUGCGUGGACAAGAAUCUGGACCGCGAGUAUGAAGAGAACUCUAAGAAUCUCUUUUAUCCCAGUAACGCGGAGAUGCUGGGCAGGCUGGAGUCAGGCCCCCUGCGCAUCGUCAAAGCCCCUCCCCCGCCCUCCUUUACAGCGGCACGGCCCCAGCCUUCCAUUCCCCCUCCGGCAGGCAGCGGCCAGGUGGCUCCGGGCCCCGCCCCUGCCCAGGGCUCCGCAGGACCCAGAGCGGAUCUGCUGCGAAUGGCCACCAUCGAGGAGGACCCCAGCGGAGACUGUCAUCCAGGAGAAGAAGCGGCGGGGGAGGACUGCCCUCUAAACGCCUCCGACAGGUCCUUCGAGGACAUGACGGAACAGGGGACGCCCAGUCACAGCGACAAGAGACGGCUGAAGAGACAGGCCCGCAUUGACAGUAAGGAGACUGAGUGCUGAGGGCAGGGUGGAAACCUGUUCGCGUUCACACACGUACAAAAAAAAAAAAUCAUUCUGCACUUAGAAAGAAAGAAAAACUAAAAAAAGUCUAAACGUUGAAACCACAGGACGUUCAUACAACCCUUUGACAUAGAAUGCAGGUCUUCUCCUAAAGAGAAAAGAUACAGACUGCACACAUUUUGCUUAUGUUUGAGUUCAGAAAGAAGGUAACAUAUAGAAAAACUGAUGUGAAUUGGGGCCAGUAACUGGAGUUUAAAGGCACUAAGUAAACAAUUAAUAAGAGAAAAAGGAAGUGCCUUUUUUUUUGUAUGGCCUCAGUAUUAAACCUGUGUAGUAACGAUGCACAGAGCUCUUAUAAUACAGCUAGCCCUACUCCGAAUACUUUAUGUUUCCGGAUGGUCAGAGCUGUCACGCUGGAUGGACAGUUUAGAGUCAGUAUGCACACAGGUAGAUCAUGCCACUAAUUUUAAGCCAUAGAAACUAUGAAGGACAUGCACUCUGUCAGUGAAUAUAGGCAGGUGUGCUUAGGUCCUUUCACAUCUUUCAGCCACAUAGAGUUUCAUUCAAUUUUGCACAAUGGAUAUAAUACACAGUAAUAGACUUUUUUAACAACUCCUUACUGGAGCUUGCUCUCUCGCUGUCUG